AUGGACGGUGCGCCAUCAUCCGCCGCUGCCGCCGCCGCCGCUUCCGCCGCCGCCGCCGGAGCUGGAGGACCAGCGCCGUUUCUUCUGAAGACGUACGACAUGGUGGACGAUUCCUCCACCAACGACAUCGUUUCGUGGAACUCUUCUAACACCAGCUUCGUCGUGUGGAACCCGCCGGAGUUCGCUCGCCUUCUUCUCCCGACCUAUUUCAAGCACAACAACUUCUCCAGCUUCAUCCGCCAGCUCAAUACCUACGGAUUUAGAAAAAUACAUCCAGAGCGAUGGGAAUUUGCUAAUGAUGAGUUUGUGAAAGAUCAGAAGCAUCUUCUUAAGAAUAUACAUCGUAGGAAACCUAUCCACAGUCAUAGUCAUCCUCCUGGUACUCUUGUAGACCCAGAAAGAGCAGCAUUUGAGGAAGAAAUCGAGAAACUUUCCCGUGAGAAAACUUCUCUUGAAUCCAAUAUUCAUAACUUCAGACAACAUCAGUCAACAACAAAGCUUCAACUGGAAGAUUUUUUGCAACGGUUAGACGGUACGGAGAAAAGGCAGAAACAAUUGCUGAACUUCUUUGAGAAGGCUCUUCAGAAUCCUAGUUUUGUUGAACAUCUUUCACGAAAAAUUGAGUCCAUGGAUUUAUCAGCAUAUAAUAAGAAGAGGCGAUUGCCUCAAGUUGACCACGUUCAACCAGUUGCGGAAAGUAGCUUGGUGGACAAUCAUAACAAUUUUAGAAUGGAAUUUGGAAUUGUGUUUCAUCAGGAUUUCUCAAAUAAGCUCAGACUGGAAUUAUCACCAGCUGUCUCAGAUAUGAACUUGGUAUCACGUAGCACACAGAGUUCAAAUGAAGAUGGGGAAAACCCACAGAGAAAACUGUCUGAAGUAGAACCAAAAGUAGUGCAGACAAGAACAUCUCUUACUUUUGCACCUGAAACAUUAGAACUUGCAGAUACAGGGGCUUCUUUUACUUUUAGGAUGGAUCCAUGUUUACCGCGAAAAGCAACAACUACUGAGAACUCAAAACUGAUCUCUUUGGAGCCAAGUAGUGAAGAAGGCGAUAGUCAUAUAUCCUGCCAAUUAAAUUUAACCCUGGCAUCUUGUCCAUUGCAAGUGAACAGAAAUUCUUACUCAGCCAGAUCACCCCAAAUUGACUGUCAAGAAAUUGGCAAAUUGGCAGAAUCGAGAUUUUUUGCCAAUGGUAAAGAAUCUGAUAGUGGCGUUUCCUCAAACCGAAACGUAGCUGAGGCUACCGAUUUAGCUUCACCAAAGGAGGCUAGUAACAACCAAGUUAAUCCAGCUCCUCCAGACAGGGUGAACGAUGUUUUCUGGGAACAGUUUCUUACCGAAAGGCCAGGCUGUUCUGACAAUGAAGAGGCAAUAUCCAAUUACCGAGCUAACCCAUAUGAUGAACAAGAUGAAGGACGGUCAGUUCAUGGAAUAUCUAGAAACAUUAAGAACAUGGAUCAACUCACACUUUGA